GUAAUUUCAUGCGAAAUUAUAUAUUAAUUUUUAUGCGACUAAAAAAGAAAGACUAAAAUUCUCUUUGGGAAAAAGAAAGCAAGCAAACUAGUAAUGUCGUUUUUUCUUAACUUAAAACCAUGUCCUAGUUUAGAAAAGCAUUCCUUAGAGUUUUUCCAUUAGGUUCCAAUAUCAGACAGGUCUAUCAUGAGCUGCAUAACUCCUUCAAGGAUAAAGCAGAAAGUAAAUUUAGUAUAUAAAUAGAUAGACUCUUUUAGCAAGAUAAAUAAGAAUUAAUUGUUUAAUUCACUCAGUGAAACAAAUAGCAUUAUGAGCAGCGAUUUUGAUAAAACAACUCAAGAAAAUUAUUCAGAUUAGAAUUAUUUUAACAAUAAUUCUACUCAUGACACACAUUUCACCUUACCCAUUGAUUUAGCAUUUAAUAGGGUGCUCACUAAAGUUUCAGAAUAAGGUGUAGAAGAAACUCCUUACAAUACUGAAGGUGAUCAUCAGAAUAAGAAUCAUAGAAGAAGUUAUGGAUUUAGAAAAUAAAACAAAGCACAUACUUUUUCAGCAUCAGAUUCUCCAUAAAAUUGCAAAUUUAUAUCUCCUUCUAAUAAGAAUGAUUAAUUAAAUAAGAGCGCUCAUUAGGUUAUAGAAGAAUAAGAUUAAAAUGAUCAUUUUUCUGAAUAGGAAUAAGAUGAAUAUAAUGAAAAUGGUGAUGUUUUAGAUUAGGCUAAUAAUAGUGAUGAGGAAUAGCAAAACAAAAUAAAUUAUUAUUAAGGUACUCAAAAUUCAUUAAAUUAGAUUGAAAAAGUAAGAAAGAUAGAUUAAUCUUACCAUUUAGCUAUAAAUAAAUCUAAAUUUGGAGAGAUUCAAGAAGAAAUGGAGUCACCUAUGAAAGAAGAUUUUGGUAGCAAUAUUUAAAAAGCCAUAAUAAAUAAAAAUGAUAACUUGAAUACAGACUAUUUCAAUCAAAAUGACUAACAAGAAGGCCAAUUUAAUAUAAAUUUAGAGAAAUAAAAAGAAUUAAUUUAAGAUUUGAAUAAUUUAGAUAAGUUAACUUCUGAUUAAAUAAAAAAAUUAUUCAAGAAUAUUGAAGAGCAGCUACAUUGUCUUAAGUUUUGCUACUAACAAAACUAAAGUAAAUAGAUAAUACUAAAAGGAUGUGAACAAAAGAUUAAAUAUUUGAAUAAGUAGUUACAAGAAUCUAAAAAGAAAAUUUAAGAUUUGAAUAAUAAGUUGAAUAAAUAAGAAAAGGAUAAAGAAAUAAAUUCUAUCUUAGAUCCAAAUUAGUAUAUCUCAGACAAGUAAUAAGAAGAGAUAUAAAAAUUGUUAUAAGAUUCGAUGAAUGACAAGGAAAUCCUAGAAAAUAUGAAACAGCAACUUAAAAAAUGUAAACAAGAAAAUGAAAUGUUGGAGUAGAGAGACAGAAUGAAAUAAGAAGAUAUGUAAAAAUUACUUAAACAAUUAAUGGAAUUAAGUGAAGAAAACUCUUAAAUGAGAAAUGAAAACAAAAAUUUAAUUUUAGAAAUAUAAGAAUUAAAGCAAUAACAGCAUGAACAAUCUCAAAAUGGCGUUAAUCUGUAAAGCAAUAAUUCUUAUGAAUUGGAUUAAAAUUAGAAUGAGAAAAGUCCUUAUUCAUAAGAUAAUGAAUAAAUUUUAAAUGAUUAAGCUGGUGAAGAUAUUAUUUCAUUUUUAAACCACAAAUUUUGUAAUUUAUUUUACGAUAUCGUACAUUAUCAUUUAUAACUGAAUGAGUUAUCUAUUCCAGAUUUCUUAUAAAAAUUAGCAUUAGAGAUAAAUAGUUUUAUUUCAUAAUUAAAGGAAAAAUAUUAAUUUUUAGAUUCUAUUUACUGUUUACCAAGUAUUUAAGAUAAAAUAAUUGAACAAUCUAUUCAUGAAACAAACGAAAAUAACUCUGAAUAAAUAAAUGAUUAUUAAAAUAAUAACUAAGAUAACUAGCAAUUAAUUUAAUAAAUUGCAGGAUUACAAUAAAUAAUAGAUGAGAUAAACUAGAAAAAUUUAUAAUAAUUAGAUACAAUAAAUUCAUAAAAUUAAUAAUUAUAAGAAUAAUUAACAAAGAAUAGUGAUUAAGUUGCUUCUCUCGAGCAAAAAACAUCAGAAAAUAAAGAUCUUUAAGAAAAAAUUAACCAACUAUUGCAAGAAGAAAAGAACUUUGAUCUAUUAACUUAAGAGAAUAAAGAAUUAAAAUAAUAAAUUUAAAUAUUAUAACAAUAAUAGGAAUAAAUUUAAUAAGAAUAAAUUAAAAAUAAUGAAAAAAUAGACGAGUUAGGAUAGAAAGAGUUAAAUCUUUAAGAAUAAAUAAGAUAAUUAUAAUAAGAAAUUAAUGAGCUAAAUUAAAAAUUUAAUAAUUAAAAAUAACUUAAUGAAGAAAGUACGAUCUUAUAAGAGAAUUUAUAACAAUCAUUAAAAAAUAUUGAUGAAAUUAAAUUAGAAAACAAUAAUUUGAAUGAAUAGAAUUAGCAAUAAUAAGAAAAAAUUAAGUAAAUUUAACAAGAGUUAAAUAAAAAUAUUGAGCUAAUAAAUUAAAACGAAAAGAGAGAAUAAAAUCUUUAAGACGAAGUAGAUUAAUUAUAAUAAAAAAUCAAAUAAAUAACUGAUGCAUAAAAUUAAUAAAAUGAACUACAUUUGUAAUAAUCAUCAUCUGAUUAGGAAAAAAUAAAUAAUUUAUUAGAAGAACUUGAAAAAGUUAAAGAAUUAUAUGAAUAAAAAUCUAAAGAUAACGAAGAAAAGAUAGAGGUUUUAUAGCAACAAGUAAAAUAAAAAUAACUUGAAAUAAAUUAAUUAGAAUAAUAAAUCAAUAAUAAAAACUAAGAGAUUGAAGCUUUAAUGCAGUAAUCUAAAGAGGAGUAAAUUAAAAAAUUAUAAGCACAAUUAGAAGAUAAUUUAUAAAAGGUAAAUACUCUAUAAUCUGAAAUAAAAGGUCUCAAUUUAGAAACAGAUGAGUAAAAGCAAUAAAUAAACCAAUUUAAAUAAAAAAUGAUUGAAUUAAAUGAAAUUUUAGAUAAAAAAUAAGUGAUUAUUAAUCAAUAAUAAUAAGAUUUCAACAAUUUAAAAAAUAAUUUAUUAAAUUAAGAACAAUAAGCAAACAAAUUAGAGAAAGAAAUAAAAGAAAAAGAAGAUAAAAUAAAUGAUUUAUUAAACCAGAUAAACUAAGCUCAACAAAACUAUUAGGAAAAAGAAGAAAAUUUGAAAUAAUAAAAUUCUUCAAAUUAAGUUUAACUUUAAGAAUAUAAAUAAUAAAUUGGAAUGUUAAAUUAAAAGUUGAUUUCUCUCGAAUAAUAAUUAUCUGAUUAAAUUGAUGAAAAUCAAAAUAAAUAAAAAUAAAUCGAUAGUUAAAAAUUAUUACAUGAAUAAAAUUUAAAAGAAUCAAAGAAACACACUGAAAAUUUGGCUAAAGUUUAAAACUUGCUAGAUUCUCAAAUAAAAGAGUGUAAAAAAUUAAAAGAGAUGAAUAACCAACAAGAAGAUUAACUAAAAUCCAAAUAAAAUUAAUAUGAAAAAGUAAGUGAAUAAUUAAAAGAAUCUGAAAAGAAAAAUUUAGAUUUAUAAAAUUAAAAUGAAUAGCUAAUUAGCCAAACAAAUAUUCUCGCCUAAUAAAUAUAAUUAUUAAAUUUCGCUGAAAACUAAAAUUCUGAUUUAAAUUUAAAAGUCUAACAAUUAGAAUCACAAAUAUAGUAAUUAAUAGCAGAGAAUAAUGGGCUUAAUAACUAAAACAUUGAAUAAUAAAAUUAAUUAUCCUAAUUAAAUAACAAGUUAAAUAAAUUUUAGGAGGAUAACUAAUAUUUUUAAAACUAAUAUACUUAUGGUCAGUUAAUAUAAAAACUGCUCUAAAAUAGAAAUGGAAUAUCUCAAGCUAUGUUUGAAAACAUAAGCUUCUUUAUGAGAGAAAUACACUAACACAUAUAACAUUAGUAAAAUAAUUAUGUUAUAGAUUUAUACCACAAAGUUUACUAAAACUUAGAAAGUGAAUCACUUUAAUUUAAUCAAAAAAGUGAACAAAUCUUUUUAUAAAUAGAAGAAAACCAAUACUCUUUAUUCAAAAUUUGCAAUCUUUAUGAAUUAAUCUUCUAAUAUUUUUCUGACAUGCUCAAGUCUGUGCUUCUAUUAAAUUCAGAAAUUUUAAGAUAAAAAAUAAUUAUUGAAAAUAAAUGA